AUGUAGCCUGGCCUGCUCCUUGUCCUGACCCUGCUGGGCAUGGCUUCUUCCCUCUGCCCCACCUCCUGGCACACUGUGGAGACCUACUGCCAGGACAUAUACAAGGGACAGCUGGCCUUGGUGCGCAUCACAACCACUAACAAACUGCUGAGGAAGCUGGCAGCCACGUACACCUACUGCAACCUCUGGAUCAGGGCUGUCACCAGUUGCAAGGGUGGGUCAUGGAAGACAUCCUGGGAGGACCUGAGCUCCUGGAACUAUGCAAACUGGGCCAGCAGGCAGCCCUGCCGAUGGUACAGAACCUGCACUGUGUUCAACCCCAAAGAUGGGCUCUGGAGAAGUAGAGCCUGCUUCCUGCUGCACUUGUUCCUCUGUCAGCACUGA